CACACGAAACUCGCAUCCCUACAAUUAAGCUUUCCUACGCGUAUACGCGUUUCCAAGCACAAAACGACAUACUACAGGAAGAAAUUAAUAGCAAAUGAUGAAUUGCAGACAAAAAGGCGUUCAAUAGCUUUGUGAGAGCUGUUUGGUUGAAGAAUUGGUAUUUUAAUUAGGAAUUGUGAAUACAUAAAGGAAAUUGUUAUAGGAAACAAAGAAUUAAAAAAAUACUGAAAAGAAAUCUCAUACAAAAUUGAGAAGAGACGUCGUCAAUUCACCUCUUUCCGAGCAGCGUCCAAUAAAGGCUCUAAUUUCUUAUUCCGUAAUGUUUUUGGACGCACUUACGAUACUCUUGAAAUAAUUCUGCACAUUGUGAAUCAUCGGUAUCGCCUUUCAAGAAUUUACCCGUGUACCAUUCAUUAAAACAUGCGUCGUAUCGUUUCUAUGAGUUUAGUUAGGACAGGACUUAUUAGUUAUGUCGAAUAUUCUUUACCUUGAGAUUUGUACAUUCUGGAGCUAUUGAGGAUGACAUUUGGUACUUGUACAAACUGUUUGCCACCGUUACAAGUUCUAUCGAGACAAGGAAUGUGUUUGUAAGUUUGGAUUUUGGUUGAAAAGGACGACGACUUGUAUUCGGUGAGAAACGUAACAAGAGGAUUAUUUUUUUUACAAAAAAAAAGAUAAUAAUAAAGGACUCUACUUCUUCAGUGUUUCUUAAACGAAUCUUUUCCUUUCUAAUCCCAGUUAAGGUCUUGAAGUUGUUAUAUUGAAAAAAACUCUUACUGUUUUCUCCAUUAUCUGCCACUUCAGUUUCCACUCUUGAUUUCUACAGUUGUCUAAACGUUUUUUUUUUAAAUUCACACCAAUAAGGCUCCAAAUUUUUUAACGUUUAGGACUACUCCGCUUUUAUUAACCUAUUCCUCAUUUCAAUCCGACUACUUUCUCAUUUCCCUUUACGAAACAAAAAAAUGUCCUUAGCCGAUGAAUUGCUGGCCGACUUAUUGAGCGAUGAGGAGGAAACAGAAUUGACACCUUCAGAAACAACACAAGGAACAAAUGAGCAACAAGCAUCGACAACUAGCACAACUUCGUCAAGCAAAUCUUUAGAUGAACAGACAUCUACUGAAACAAACAAAACAGCAACUUCUAUCGACCAACUUUUGCAUUCAGAGCGCCUACAGAAGAUAUUAGAGGAAAUUAGUAUCUACAGUCAAGAAGAAAAGCAGGCUAUUGUUGGAAACAUUGAGGAUGAUCCAGAAUACCAACUGAUUGUCGAUUCGAACGCAAUUGCCAUGGAAAUUGAUGAUGAGAUUGUGCGGUUACAUCGGAUUGUAAAGGAUCGUUACCAAGCACGAUUUCCCGAAUUGCAUGGGCUUGUGUUGAAUGCAUUAGACUACUGUAAAACGGUAAUGACGCUUCAAAAUGACCUUCAAAACAGCAAAGACAAGCUGAAAUUUUUACCUUCUGCAACGAUAAUGGUAAUUGCAACGACUGCCACGACAACUAUGGGAAAACCACUCCCGCCGGAUGUAUUAGAAUUAGUGAACAAGGCAUGCAGUGCUAUUUUCGAACUUGUUGAAGCGAAAAGCCAAAUCUUAACCUAUGUGCAAUCGAGAAUCAGCGUUGUGGCACCCAAUCUGUCAGCCGUUGUGGGAACUACAACAGCGGCGAAUCUAAUUGGAAUUGCAGGCGGUCUCACGCGCCUAGGCAAGUUUCCAGCAUGCAACAUUCCUGCACUUGGUAAGAAGCGUCUGUCCACCGUAGGAAUUACGACAGCGGCAAGCAAGGAUAACCAAGGUUUUCUAUAUAUGUCAGAUGUCAUUCAGAAAACACCGCCAGAUGUUCGAAAACAGGCUGUUCGGUUGACGGCCGCAAAAGUUUCUUUGGCUGCCAGAGUCGAUUCCAUCCAUGAGUCGCCUGACGGUGCAUAUGGCAAAAAAUUCCGUGAAGAAGUAGACCGGAAAAUUGAAAAGCUACUUGAACCACCGACACAACGUCCUGUUAUUGCGCUUCCUGUUCCUGACGAUCGUCCCAAAAAACGUCGUGGCGGCAGACGCAUUCGCAAGAUUAAAGAGCAAUACGCUGUGACGGAACUUCGUCGCCUGCAAAACCGUGUGGCCUUUGGCAAGGAGGAAGCCGAGGUGCACGUGGGCGAUGAAACGGAGGGCUUGGGUAUGCUGGGUCAAGAAGGCGAAGGAAAGAUUCGUGCUGUGCUUGCUGACUCGAGAACAAAACUGCGUUUGCCAAAGGCUAAGAAAGCAAAACUUAGUGCAACGAAGCCUUCCCUCGCCGUCAAUGGUCUCCAAAGUUCGCUAGCAUUUACUCCCGUUCAGGGAAUCGAAUUGGUAAAUCCAUUAUUACAAAGGCAACAAAAAGUUGAAGAGGCAAACAAAUGGUUCCAGGAUGGCGUUUUCACGCAAAUUAAACGGGAUGCGAAGGAGACAACAAAAAAGCUUACUUGAAGACAUUUCAAGUGAGUUUUAAAUAUAUCACACAGUACUAAAAUUGGUCUUAUAGUAAAAAAAAAGAAGAUAAAGGUUUCAGAGA